ACAGAUAAUCAACCAAAGAUGAUAGCAAUUCGUGCCCUGUUUCACUGUAAAUAGGGUUUUGCUUGCUUUUAGCAGAAUACAUCAUAUGACUUCAGUAACUGGGAUUCAAAUGCAAAAAUUGGGGUAGAAAGUCAAGAUCAAUCAAUAAUACCCUCGUACCGCACCUACUUACUCCCUUCUACGGGUAUCUCCUAGCAAGACGAGACAAACACAUGCAUAAUCUGCUUCGGUGGACCCAGAACCACUAUAGUUCUGGCCACUCCCUCAGACAUCAGCAGGCAAAAUUAUCAUAUGCCAUCUCACAUACCCAGACAGCGCCAAUCCUGACCAAUCCAGGUCCGAUCAAGAGCGGGGACUCCAAUGCCCGAAAUUUCAUUUACGGAACUCUUUCCAGUCCCAUAUUUCAAUAUCUGAGAAUAUGGCAUUCUCGGACUCUCACCCAAACCGCGAAUAUUAUAUCAAUUGGUAUGGUUGCUUCGCUUACCUUUCCGAUUGCAUUAAAUUCCCUCUUCCAAUCCAAUCUCUUUCUAAUUCCAGGCCCAUGUAGGAAGUCCCGCCGUGGAAAUCGUUCCCGUCCAUUUAUAUCCGCUGGGGAACUGUUGUGGUACCAGAGCAGGAAAUGGGCCAGUUCCGUGCAAGAUUAGACUCUGUGCAACUACUCUGGCCCUUCAGACACCCAAGUAUCUACUGCAAUUGCUGGGUCUGGAUCGCUCAUUUGGUGGAUUGCAUGGUUAGCUAUCAAGCCAAGUGAGCUUCGAGCGAGUGCGAGUGCGGGCGCGAAGGGUUGCGUGUUGA